AUGCGCCCUGUGGCUGCUGGUGCUGUCAAGGCCGCCUUCUUGGUCCUUGCCUCCAUGUGCGCCUGGUACUCCGGGUACCUGCUGGCAGAGCUCAUCCCAGAUGCACAUCUGUCCAGUGCCGCCUAUAACAUCCGCAGCCUUGGUGAGAGGCCUGUCCUCAAGGCCCCUGCCCCCAGAAGGCAGAAAUGUGACCACUGGACCGCGUGCCCCACCAACACCUAUGCCUACCGGUUGCUCAGCGGUGGGGGUCGCGACAAGUACGCCAAGAUCUGCUUUGAGGAUGAGCUGCUCAUAGGAGAAAAGACGGGGAAUGUGGCAAGAGGGAUCAACAUUGCCAUCGUGGACUAUGUAACUGGGAAGCCGAUAGCCACACAGUAUUUUGAUAUGUAUGGAGGUGAUAACUCUGGACCAAUGAUGAAGUUCAUUCAGAGCGCUCCCUCGAGAUCCCUGCUGUUCAUGGUGACCCACGACGACGGAAGCACCAGACUGAAGGCUGGCGCCAAGGAUGCCAUCGAAGCACUUGGAAGUAAAGAAAUCAGGAACAUGAAAUUCAGGUCAAGCUGGGUAUUUCUUGCAGCAAAAGGCUUUGAACUCCCUUCAGGAAUUCAGAGAGAAAAGAUCAACCACUCGGAUAAUUCGAGGAACAGGUAUGCUGGCUGGCCGGCAGAGAUACAGAUAGAAGGCUGCAUACCGAAGGACCUGCGGUAG